AUGAAUGUACUUCUUAAUUUUUUUGAAAUACUUCUGUUAUCAGUAGUGUUGAACAAAUCGAAGGCAGUGAUUCCCGACUGCGAUUAUUUUGACACAGUGGAUUUAUCGCAUAUCCCAAAGCUAAAUAACUCUUUCAAGUACGAAGACCUUGAAGUUCCUGUCCACCUCACGGGGAUCUACAACUUCAUGCAACUGGCGGACGGCUCAAUAAAGUCGGUUAAGAAUCAUUUAAGGGGAUGUAUCUGCAAACUGAGGCCCUGCAUUCGAUUCUGCUGUCCCCGGAAGCAAAUGUUGCCAAAUGGCCAGUGUAAUGAUGGCCUCAAGGAGGAGCUCAAACGGGGCAAACCCUACCUUAAUAUAACCCUCCAAGACGGAUCUGUAAAAACACAGGAUCUUCUCACCGACAUGAUUGUGCUAAGGAAUGGGUUUUGGUAUUGCGAGAACGUUCUCAAGGUCCUGGGUGAUCAAUACAAAUUGUUUCAGAACGGUAGCUUAGGUCUCAACUCGUUUACCAACCGGACUUUAAACAAAGAUUGGUACUGCUUAUAUUCCCCUCAGUUUUCUUCAGGGUUCCAGAACAACUUUUGGGUUCUUGAACAUAUAUGCGUACCAAAAUCGAUGCCGGCGGUACCCCAAGUCGGCUUAGUUUCUAUGAUAGGCUGUAUUCUGACAAUAGCAGUUUAUUUAUAUAUCGAGAAACUGCGAAAUUGCCUCGGCAAAUGCUUUAUUUGCUACGUAUUCUGCAAGUUCAUGCAGUUUUUUAUUUGGGCAGGAGGUGAUUUGAAUUAAUUGGAUAACAUUUGCGCUUUAGCAGGUUAUAUUAACUAUUUCUUCGCGGUGGCUUCUCAUCUUUGGCUCUCUGUCCUAAGUCAUCACAUUUGGAAAGGCUUGCAGUCAGUGGAUGGCAAGGGACCUCGAUAUCGUUUCCUGGUUUACUGCGCUUAUAGUUGGGGCUCGUCUGCCAUCCUAACCGGAGUUACGGUGCUGAUGGACUGGGCUUGGGAGGGUAAGCCGGACAAACUGAAUUGGAUGCCCGGUGUUGGCUUAUAUCGAUGCUGGAUAAACACUUACGACUGGUCUGCGAUGAUAUACCUAUAUGGACCUAUUUUUACCUUGAGUAUGUUUAAUAUAGUCGCGUUUAUCCUGACAGUAAAACGCAUUUUAAAGGUGAAGAGCAAUGUAAAGAAGUUCGCGUGUGUGCAGAAAACUGAACAAUAUAGUUUCAGUUUUGUAUUAUACCUGCGACUCUCUGUAAUGAUGGGGGUGAACGGAAUGUCGGAGGUAAUAACCUACUUGCUAAAUCGGCGCCCUUUUUGGAGACGUAUCCUUCGCAUAGCCAACUUUUUCCACCUGAGUUUUGGAAUAGUGGUAUUUGAGCUUUUCAUUCUGAAGCGCAGCUAG